GAGGACAUGCAGGAGCUUCUCUCCUGUACGAACAUUAUCUUUCACUGUGCAGCCACUGUACGCUUUGAUGACACUCUCAGACAUGCUGUGCAACUUAAUGGCACUGCCACCCAGAAGCUGUUGCUUAUGGCUAGUCAGAUGCCUAAGCUGGAAGCCUUUAUACAUAUCUCUACUGCCUUUUCAAAUUGUAACCUGAAGCACAUUGAUGAAGUUAUCUAUCCGUGCCCUGUGGAGCCAAAAAAAAUCAUCGAUUCCCUCGAGUGGUUAGACGAUGCUAUUAUUGAUGAAAUCACACCCAAGCUGAUUGGUGAUCGGCCCAAUACUUACACCUACACCAAGGCCUUGGGAGAAAUGGUGGUGCAGCAAGAGAGCGAGAACAUGAACAUCGCCAUCAUAAGGCCCUCCAUUGUGGGAGCAACUUGGCAGGAGCCUUUCCCAGGUUGGGUUGAUAAUCUAAAUGGACCUAGUGGACUCAUUAUUGCGGUGAAAGGGUAUCUUCGGGCCAUAAAAGCUACUCCGAUGGCUGUGGCAGACUUAAUUCCGGUUGAUACAGUUGUCAAUCUCACACUAGCUGUAGGAUGGUAUACUGCAGUUCACAGACCUAAGUCAACGUUAGUCUACCACUGCACAUCUGGUAACUUCAAUCCCUGCAAUUGGGGCAAAAUGGGAUUCCAAAUCUUGGCAACCUUUGAAAAAAUCCCACUUGAGAGAGCUUUCAGGAGGCCAUAUGCUGAUUUUACCACCAACAACUUCACAACCCAGUACAGGAAUGCGGUCAGCCACCGGGCCCCUGCCAUCAUCUAUGACUUCUAUCUGCGGCUCACUGGAAGGAAGCCCAGGAUGACAAAGCUCAUGAAUCGGCUUUUAAGAACUGUUUCCAUGAUGGAGUAUUUUGUCAACCAGAGUUGGGAAUGGAGCACAUACAAUACAGAAAUGCUGAUGUCUGAGCUGAGUCCUGAAGACCAGAGAGUAUUCAACUUUGAUGUGCGCCAGUUGAACUGGUUGGAAUACAUUGAAAAUUAUGUUUUGGGAGUUAAAAAAUACUUGUUGAAAGAGGAUAUGGCUGGGAUCCCAGAAGCAAAGCAACACUUAAAAAGGCUCUGAAAUAUUCACUACCUCUUUAAUACUGCCCUCUUCCUUAUCGCCUGGCGCCUUCUCAUUGCAAGAUCUCAGAUGGCUCGGAAUGUCUGGUUCUUCAUUGUAAGCUUCUGUUAUAAAUUCCUCUCCUACUUUAGGGCAUCCAGCACACUCAAGGUUUAAGAACAUGUUGUCAUCGCUUUUUAUCUGGAACCUCUCAGAUACCUCUAAAACAGCAAACUGUGAUUCUCAAGAUUAGAAAGUAGCAAGGAAUAUGCCCAAAUUGUCAGAUGUCACAUGUGCUGUCAUGUAUUUGUCCCUAUUCCUUAACUAUAUAUUUUUAUUUCAG